UUCAGGGGAGAUCACUCCCGGUUUAUUAAAUAAAUGUAAUAGAUCAAAUGACUUUUGAUUUGAAAGUUAAAAUUCAUUUCGUCUAAAGAACGUGUUUUACAAUGGUGGUCGUACUUUUUCCUUUAAAGUUCUUCGCAAAAGAUACAUACUCGUGGCUCAAGUAAUUCAGGAUGAGUAACACUGAAGAAGACAACGAUGGCUUAACCACCAAGCAUCUGUUUGAAAGCUUUCGGGAAAGUACAGCGAACUUAAUAGAAAGAAUAGAGAAAGAGUCACAAAAACAAAGUGGACAGAUGAAUUAUCUCAGCCUACGUCAUCUUGUGUGCUGUUUCCUCAACUCAGCAUUUAAAAUUGGGCAAGCAAAAGAAAACUUAAAGAAAAUCAGCCAUCUUGAAACAUCCUUGAAAUUAUGUAGUGAUGCAAUAGACAACACCAUUUAUUAUCAUGGCAACGCAUUUGAUGUAGACUAUGUUCCAAAGUAUUUAGUUCUCCGUUCGGGGCUCCAGUUUUUGAUAGAUGCAGAUUCAUCUUUUAAGGCAGAGUGUGAGAGUGAAGAUUCAUAUUUACACGAGUCCAUUCAGUUGUUUGAUGAAGGUUUAAAGAAGUGGCAACAAAGCAAUGACUAUAGUGGGUUCUACAACAUCACACAUUCACCAGAAGACCUCAGUCUACCUGAUGGAGUACCGCAACAUCAUAAUUGGUGGCUAUCAGGCAAUCAUCCAACAGAGGAGAUUACAAAAAAAUGUAUAAGAGCUAUUUCGUUAGAGGUAACGAAAAUGGGUGAAGCUUCUGAUAACCUUUCCUCGAAUGAUUUAGACCUCAUUCUCAUUGGAAAAACUGGACAUGGAAAAAGUUCAACGGGAAAUUCUAUUCUAAGACGUGCAGAUAUUUUCAAACCCAGUUAUAGUAUGACUUCUGGAACAAAAGAACCUCAUUUUGAAUGGAGCAAAUUUGAGGGUAGGACUUUACAGGUCGUUGACUCACCUGGUGUGUUGGGUACUUGUGAGGAUGAAGAAGGGGGAAUAACUCUGGUACAUGAAGCUUUACAGAACACCAUGAUGGCAAACCCAAAAGGUUAUCACGCAUUUCUUGUUGUACUGAGGUUCGGCGCACGCUUUACACAAAGGGAUAGGAAAACUGUCGAAAUCUUUAAAGGAAUUUUAGGCGAAAACUUCCUUAAAGACUAUGGUAUUAUUGUGAUGACAAACGGGGAAACUUUUGAACAAUUCUUUCGAAUAGAUGCAAAGCCUAACCUCGAAACAUUUUGUGCUAUUCAGAAAGGCUCUUUUAAAUGUUUCCUAGAAGAAUGUAACAACAGAAUCGUUGUGUUUAGUAACCUAACGCAAGAUGAGAAUGUGAAGAACAGACAAGUUCAACAGUUAAUUGACAUGGUUGACAAACUGGGAAACGAUGGACGCAGAUACACAAACGAACACUUUAAAAGAGCUGAUGAGUUUUACCAGCAACUUCUGGUUUCAACAUCGAUACCUCUGUUAAACAAACAGGUUUUACAAGAACAAAGUUUAAUAAUGCAUGAAAUAACAGCUAUCGAAAAAGUACCGGAGGAUAAGGAUAAAAUACUUAACCUGCAAAAUAUUUUGCCAAGACUCGAAAGAUUAUUAGAAAGUCUUAAAGAAAAAGACAGAGGAACCUGCAAACUGGCAGCAUUAAUAACAAACGUGAACGACGCUAAAAUGUUGGUAAAUGAUCGAUUGAAAUUCUACACAAAUAUAGGAACCAAGAAAGCAAAGACGGAAUUACAAAGCUCCUUGAAUCUUCGAGAAAGUGAAAUCGAAAAUGAAAGAAAGCGUAUAAAUCAGAUAUUGAACAGAAAAUUCUUUAAGUGGUUGCUUGAAGCAGAAAAAAAAUUUGGUUAUUUUAUACUGUGUGCAACUGAUAUAACCACUGUUGUCUCGAAUUUUAUUUAACUGAAAUAAUCUAUAAUAUGCAUAAUAAUAUGCUUCAAAAUAACUUGUUAAAUCAGUUAAGCAAGAGCGUAGCCAGGAAGUGGUCAUAGGAGGGGUUCAAACAUUUUUCCUUAUGUAUAAAAUCACACACACACACACACACA